GUCAGGAAUACGUUUCCGGAAACAUGGAGGCUGUGGUGAGCGAUGUGGUAGCUCCUGAAGACCUUUUAAAAUUUGAGAAGAAAUACAACAACGAGCUGGUGAAAGGAGCUGUCUCCAAAGACACAAAGUUUGAAUAUGCCUGGUGUCUGAUCAGAAGUAAAUACACAGAGGAUAUCAAAAAGGGAAUUGUUCUCUUGGAAGAACUCGUUCAGAAAUCCACAAAGGACGACUCCCGGGACUUCUUGUUCUACCUUGGAGUGGCAAACUACAGACUCAAAGAAUAUGAGAAAGCGCUGAAGUACAUCCGGACUCUUCUACGGAACGAGCCGGGAAACAAGCAGGCUCUGGAUCUGGAGAAACUCAUCGACAAGGCUUUAAAGAAAGAUGGCCUGGUUGGCAUGGCGAUUGUCGGGGGGCUCGGCAUCGGCGUGGUCGGUUUGGCGGGGCUCAUUGGCUUGGCUGUGUCGAAGGGAGCUAAAUCCUAACCCGGAUAAAAGACGACACGUCUUCAUUUUGCUGGACUGACACACUGACCCUUUCCCCACAUAAAAGAAUUAAAACUGUGGCAAAAGCUUGAAGAAUUCUCAAAGGAUUUUGGUUUGAGGUUGAGUAUCAAUAAUAUAACAUAAAGGGUUUGAAUAAUUGCCUGUUUUCAUACUUAAGAGUGUUUUGAUUUAUACUACAUCAAGUACUUAGCUGUCUAUUCAAAUAUAGCAUUGCACUUUUAUUUGUGUAAAUAAAUUAGAGUAGUAAAGGUGCUGCUCAACUUUAGAUUAUUUAUAGCUGAUGUACACCUCAGCCUAAACUGCCUAUGUUGGCAUGAACAUUUUUGAAAAUACAUCCAUAAAGAGUGCAGUUAUGUUUAUUUCAUGGUGUAAUCGUGCUGAUGAGGAAAGUGUUAGGGGUGCAUAAGGAAGUGUAGCCUGUUAUGCCAAAAACCACAGUUUGCUUUAUUUCCUGUUGAGGUGGCAGCAACUGCUGAGCCACUGAAAUGAAGGUAAUGAGGAGAUGUUUGCAUUUAUGUGGGACCUGAGGUUUUCCUUUCAUUCGUUCUGAAUACUUAUUUGAAUUAAGGGAGGCUAUGCACUUUGAAGAAGCUAACACCUUUUGUUACAUAAAUUGCAUCCUAACAUUUGCCUGUGUUGCAUCAAAUGGGUUGUGUUUUCCAUCUUGUUAAAUAAAAUGAUUUUGAGCAAAAAUAA